AUGACGUACGCUUAUAGCCAUAACAACUCUGGAAAGAGUAAUUGUGCCGGUGCCCUUUACCGGCAUCCUGACAAAAACAAAGAUCCUGGAGCAGAAGACAAGUUCAUUCAGAUUAGCAAGGCUUACGAGAUUCUUUGCCAUGAAGAAAAGAGAUCCCAUUAUGACCACGAUGGAGAUGCCGGGGAGAACCAGGGCUACCAGAAGCAGCAGCAGCGAGAGUAUUGCUUCCGCCACUUCCAUGAGAAUUUUUAUUUCGAUGAAUCUUUUUUUCACUUCCCUUUUAAUUCUGAACAGCGGGACUCAAUGGAUGAAAAGUAUUUAUUGCACUUUUCACAUUAUGUGAAUGAAGUCGUUCCAGAUAGCUUCAAGAAACCCUACCUCACAAAGAUCACCUCAGAUUGGUGCUUUAGCUGUAUCCAUAUUGAGCCUGUUUGGAAAGAAGUAGUUCAAGAACUGGAAGGAUUGGGCGUAGGAAUCAGCGUGGUCCACGCUGGGUACGAGAGACGCCUGGCCCAUCACCUGGGAGCACACAGCACACCCUCUAUCCUAGGAAUCAUAAAUGGGAAAAUCUCCUUCUUCCAUAAUGCAGUUGUCCGUGAGAACCUGCGACAGUUUGUAGAGAGUCUUCUUCCAGGGAACUUGGUGGAGAAAGUCACAAAUAAAAAUUAUGUCAGAUUCCUCUCUGGCUGGCAGCAAGAGAAUAAACCACGUGUCCUUCUGUUUGACCAAAUGCCCGUUAUACCACUGCUCUACAAGUUGGCUGCUUUCGCAUACAAAGAUGAUUUGUCAUUUGGUUGUGUGUAUGUCGGUCUACGAGGGGCGGAAGAGGUGACGAGGCAAUACCACGGCCAUGUCUAUGCCCCCACCACCCUGAUCUUUAAAGAACACAUACACAAGCCUGCAGGUGUCAUCCAGGCCCGAGGUAUGAAGAAACAGGUCAUUGAUGACUUUAUCACCCAAAACAAGUAUCUGUUGGCAGCCAGGCUCACCAGCCAGAAGUUGUUCCAUGAACUCUGCCCCGUGAAACGGUCUCACCGACAGAGGAAGUACUGUGUGGUUUUACUGACCAGUGAGGCUACCAAGUUGAGUAAACCCUUCGAGGCCUUCCUGUCCUUUGCCCUGGCAAACACGCAGGACACAGUGAGGUUCGUGCAUGUCUACAGCAGUCAGCCGCUGCAGUUUGCCAACACCUUACUACCAGACAGGGACGCGUUUUGAGGAAAAUCAGCGGUGUCUAUCUUAGAAAGGCGCAACAUGGCAGGGAGGGUGGUGUAUAAAACCCUGGAGGACCCCUGGACCGGGAGUGAGAGUGGUAAGUUCAUCCUUUUGGGUUAUCUUGACCAGCUGCGGAAAGAUCCAGCUCUUCUGUUCUCGGAAGCUGUGCUCCCCGACCUGACUGAUGAACUUACCCCUAUUUUUCUCCUUCGGUGGCUCUACUCUGCUUCUGACUACAUCUCAGACUGCUGGGACAGCGUAUUUCACAACAAUUGGCGGGAAAUGAUGCCCCUUCUGUCCCUGGUCUUCUCUGCCCUCUUCACCCUCUUCGGCACCGUCAUCAUUCAGGCUUUCAGUGACUCAAACGAGGAGCGAGAGUCAAGCCCUCCAGAUAAAGAGGAAGCCCGUGAGAAGACCGGGAAGACGGAGCCAAGCUUCACCAAGGAGCCCAGCAGCAAGAUUCCUAAAAAAGGCUUCGUGGAGGUGACUGAACUCACAGAUGUGACGUACACGGGCAACUUGGUACGCCUGAGGCCAGGCCACAUGAACGUGGUCCACAUCCUGUCAAAUUCCACCAAGACCAGCCUGCUGCAGAAAUUCGCUUUGGAGGUCUACACAUUCACUGGGAGCAGCUGCCUACACUUUUCCUUCCUGAGUCUAGAUAAGCACAGAGAAUGGCUAGAAUAUUUACUAGAAUUUGCUCAAGAUGCAGCCCCGAUCCCAAACCAGUAUGACAAGCACUUAAUGGAAAGUGACUACACGGGCUAUGUACUGGCUCUGAAUGGCCACAAGAAAUACUUCUGCCUCUUCAAGCCCCAAAAAACAGUGGAAGAGGAGGAAGCCAUGGGGUUGUGCAGUGACCUUGACUCUUCCCUCCAUCUGGGUGAAUCUCGAGGGAAAUCUUCCUCUGGCCUUGGAUCCAGGCCCAUCAAAGGGAAAUUGAGCAAGUUGUCCUUGUGGAUGGAGCCGCUUCUGGAAGCCUCCUUACAGAGGUUUUAUAUCCCGUCAUGGCCUGAACUAGACUGA